GGGGCGCACUUACAGGACACAUGCUGUAGGGCCUCCGCUUCCCGCACUUCGCGCUCCUCCCGGCCGCCCGCGACCACCUCCGCUCCGGAACGCGGUGCGGCCCGGCGGCCCCGGCCCAUGGAGCCGCCCCCUCUCGCCGCCGUCGUGGCCUUUUCGGGACUGGCGCUGAGCUGCUGCCGCGAGCCCGUUCUGUCCGAAUGUUACACAGCAAAUGGGGCUGAUUACCGUGGCACUCAGAACCAGACCUCCCAGCACGCAGGGAAGCCUUGUCUCUUUUGGAAUGAGACCUUCGAGCACCCUUAUAAUACUUUGAAAUACCCCAAUGGGGAAGGAGGGCUCGGUGAGCAUAACUACUGCAGGAACCCCGAUGGAGAUGUCAGCCCAUGGUGCUACAUUGCAGAGCACGAGGAUGGAAUAUAUUGGAAAUAUUGUGAGAUUCCAUCCUGCCGAAUGCCAGGGAAUCUGGGCUGUUACAAGGAUCAUGGAGAGCCACCAACAUUGACUGGCACCAGUGAGACCUCCAAUAAACUUACUAUCCAGGCAUGCAUCAGUUCCUGCCGAAGUCAACAAUUUAAGUUUGCAGGCAUGGAAUCAGGUUAUGCCUGUUUCUGUGGAAAUAACCCUGACUACUGGAGAUACGGGGAGGCAGCCAGUACGGAAUGCAACAGUGUUUGCUUUGGAGACCAUACUCAGCCUUGUGGUGGGGAUGGCAGAGUCAUUCUUUUUGACACCCUUAUUGGUGCCUGUGGAGGGAAUUACACUUCUGCUACAGCUGUGAUCUAUUCCCCAGAUUUUCCUGACACAUAUGGCACAGGCAAAGUCUGUUACUGGACCAUACAAGUCCCAGGAGCUUCUCAAAUCCUCUUCAGCUUUGUCCUUUUUGAAAUCAAAGAUGCCACAGACAUGGUGGAGUUGCUGGACGGCUAUACCUAUCAUGUUCUAGCUCGUUUCAAUGGGAAGAAUCGGCCUCCCCACACCUUCAACAUCUCCUUGGAUUUUGUUAUUUUGUACUUUUUUUCAGAUGAGAUCAACCAAGCCCAGGGAUUCGCUAUCAGAUACAGAGCUGUGAAGGACAACGUGCAUCAAAACAAGAUCGCAGCGAAUCAGACUCUUUCAGAGAAGAGAAAUGAGCACACAAAUUUCAGCAUCAACGCAGCUCGGUCGUCAAAGAUACUUUAUGUCAUCACGACCAGUCCAAGCCAUCCCAGCAGCUCCAUGCCUGAGUGGACAAUAUACAGUCUCACAGCCCUGCUCAUCCUGAGCGUUACAGCCAUAUUGGCCAAGAUAUUUCUCCACGUUGCCAUGAGAUCCCAUCAGAUCCCACCUGCAAACGAAACAGAGGAUCCCAGUGAGGUUACUGCUGCCGGAGAGAUCUGGAGUAUAUUCUAUCGGCCAUCCACAUCAAUAUCCAUCUUCAAGAAGCAGCUGCGAAGCCAACAAGAUGACUGCAAUCCACUGGUGGGAAACUGAAGUGUCUUUUCUUUUACAGGAACCGAUCUUCUUAAAAUCCAGGUGAUUUGGGAAUAGCCCUUUUUUCCCCUCCCGCUCUCAUACUUGUCUUCCAAACAGUCAAUUCCCAAAGUCCUUCGCGUGACUUUGUCUGCCUGCUGUUCUCUUUUGUAUACUGGUGGCAAUGGAUUUAAGUGAUGCAAUGGUUUUCAAAUAUCUGGAGCUCAUCACAUCUGCAGCGCUGUCAAUUACUGCAAGAAGAAAGCGUUCCCCUGCCCGUGAAAUUAAAACAGAGCUACAUUUUUAAGACUCAUGCCCUUAAUUGCCAAAGAACCAAAGCAUCAGCGGGGAUCUGAUCUGCGGAAUGAUUUCUCUUUGACUGCAACAGACAGCAUUAACUGUUUUUUCUCCUUGGUAGAUCUGUCCGCCUACAGUGCUGACUUCUCACCCCACCGCUGGGGAUCAGCAGUGAGUGUGUCAGCCUCACAGUCCAGCCCUGCCAGACAGUUUGGAACAUAAUGACAGUGCAGGUCAGAUAAGUUGUUGGGAACAGCUGGCAUUCACGGGCAGCUCCUUCAACUACAUCGGAGUGAAUUCACUGAGGGCCAUGAAAGUACAGUAAAUCUAGCUAGGAUAAAGGGUGUAAAUAUGAGUUUCAAUAUACAGAUGCUCCAUAAUACAGCAGACACGUGAGCAUGCAGACAAUAUUCAGUGUGUGCCAGAGGUAACGGAGACGGGCAAGAGAACUGCCUGAGUUUACAUUCAGUAUUUGCCCUUCUGUCAUCAGCAUCAAUCGAAAGCUUCUCCCUUCGUGAGGGCUGUAGAUUCCACUGAAAGAAAUAGGGCACUUAAAAAUCAAACAGUGACACAUUGUGCCUUGCUGCUCCGAAAGUAAUGCCUCCUGUUUCAUGGCAUUGGUGCUCCUGACGUCAGUGGUGGAUGUUGGUGGUACAGCAGUAGAGGUUGAACCUUCCCACCAAUGUCCCAUUCCAUCGCUGUGUGACAGAUGGCAGCAGAGGGGCACUCUGACAGAACGCUGUCUGACGUGGAAGUGUGUAUAAAGCAAAGAUGUAUCAAUGAAUUCUUCCAUGCAGAAAAAAAUGGCCCCCGUUGACAUUCAUAGGUGUUUGCUGAACAUCUAUGGAGACCCAGCAGUGGAUAUGAGCACAGUGGAGGGUGGGUGGUGCGUUUCAGCACGGCAACAGUGGGUCACUUCUUCUGGUGCAGGCUUUUGUGUGCAUGGCAUGCAGGCUCUUGCUCAUCAUUGGUGAAAAUGCGUAAUUGAUAGUGGUGACUAUGUUGAAAAAUAGUGCUUUACAGCUGAGAAUUUCCUCUGUCGAAUAGUGCUAUCGUGCUCUUUGUAUCUGUUGUAGUUUGUAUGGAAAUAAAUAGGAGGCAUUACUUUCAGAGCACCCUACAUAGAUGUAGACUUUGCCUGAACUGAAUUAAUUCCAGCUCCAUUUAUGUACCGCAGAUGAGUGCCAGAGACAGCUGAACAAUUGCACAAUAAGUGUUUAGUAGAAACAGAACUUCACUAAGCCAGCAAUUAUGGAAUUGUUUAUAUCAGAAGUGGAAUAUCAUGGAAGCAGCUCGUACUUUCUUGCAUAAGCUGUUGGAAAGGUUACAGGAAAAGUUAAUCACAGUAUUGCCAACGAUUAAGACGGCAAGAAUUGUAAAGUAUGUUGGUUCUCUCUUACAUGUCAUCAUGUUGGACUAAAAAACAUUGACUCUUUCAGACUUAACAAGACACUGAAAAUUGCCUUCUUAACAGUCAGUGCUUCCAAAGACCUGUAGCAAAACAGUUUGCUUUCUAUCCGUGCUUAGUCUGGUUCGCUAAUGGAAAACAAAGAGAGUCAGAGAAUAAAAUCAGAUCCCAAAGCGUUACGCCAUCUUCAGUAGUCCAACCAACCUAUGCAGUCAAAGGAGAAUUCAUAAAGCACAUAAUUAAUGCCAGUAACUCAAAGGAGCACCCAGUGAUUGAUUUCUACCUACUGCAAAAGGAAGGACAAAAUAAUUUGUACAUCUCUGCACACUUCAGUGGUACGGUUGUAUGUGGCCAAUGUAAAUGGUACACACUUAAAUGGCACUUUAUCACGUUUGCUAUAAGGGUUUAGGAGAAGGAGAAAAGCCUGACAUGCACAACUGCUGUAAUCCCAUAUGAUUCAGCACACAGAAAUGCCUCUAUGACACCGGCAGCUGACAGCUGUCCUGAAUAUCACGUUAACAUUUGCAGCAUUGACUUCAACGAGUAGAAAGUAACUGCAGAACAGGAAUUUGUUCAGACCUUUACCUGGAUGGCCUUUUGAGCUCUUACCUUGCAGUUCCCUCAGUAGAUUGGAUAGGCUGCAAACAUGGCACGGGCCGCAGCUUCCAAUGCUUUGGCAACACCACCAUCACGAGGAGCCAUCUCUCACACACAUUCCAGCCCCUGUCCUGGCGCCUUCCUCACUGUGUUGUGCUGCUAUGGUUGGCUACAUGGUGAUGCAACACGCUGUUAAAAAUGACCAUCGCUUUUUCUUCCUGAGGUUAGGGUAGAGUAGGAUAGGAUAGGAUAGCAUAGCAUAGUGUGGGGUGGGAUAGGAUGGAAUGAUCAAAUGGAAUAAUAGGACAGCAGAAUAGAAUAGCCCAGUUGGAAGGAACCUGCCAAAGAUCAUCAAGUCUUCAUGGCAGACCAAUAGUUGGAGCAUGUUGUUGAGGGCACCAACCAAAUGCCUCUUGAGCACUGACAGGCACGGGGCACCAGCCAGUGUUGCCCCAGAUACUUUCAAGGACCCUAACAGCAUUUCUGCAUUGCAGAGACCAGAACCAUAUACAGUAUUCAAGGUGAGGCCACACUAUGGCUAAACACAGCAGCAGAAUCACCUCUUUUGACAGGCUGGCUGUGUUAUGUUUAAUGCACCCCAGAAUGUGGUUUGCCCUCUUGGCUGCUACCGUGGCGACGUGGAGAAGAAGCCAUAGGACAAAGGGUGCACCAGGAAUAGGAGCAGUGAGCACUUUGCUGGUACCCCAGCACAGCAUUUUGUGAAGCCGUCUCCUAAUCGUGUGCAAGAAGUUGUGGGUGCCCCAUCCCUGGAGGCAAUGGUGGGAUGGGGCCCUGGGCAGCUUGAUGUGGUGGUGGGGGGCAGCCAGCCCAUGGCCGGGGGUUGGAGCUCAAUGAUCUCUUAAGCUCCCCUCCAACCUCAGCCAUUCUGUGCAGCACGUUGGUUACAGCAGUCCACAGAAUACGUGCACCUCUGCUGGUGACCAGCAGGAGAGGUGGCCUUCCCAAUCCAAAAUCUGCUUUCAAAAAUGGUUGGAUAAAUGAUUUUGUAUGUACUUCUGUCUUAAUAUUUUUUAAAAGUUGGAGAGAAAAUAGAGACUGUAAUUUAAAAAAAAAAAAAGUGUGAUGUCAUAGUAAUAUAUUUAUAUAUGUAUAGGAAAUUAUUUAAUACAGGAUAUUAUGCUUGUAUCUUGCUGACGUUUCAUAGGAAGAUGUUAGUUCACGCUCUGAGAAAAAUAAAUUUUCUAUACAUUGUAACCAUGGGAAAAAAAAUCAGAAUUCAUUGGUCCAUAGGAUAGAAGAGCACUGAGAAGAGUAACUCAGCCUCUCAGUUCAGUAGCAGUGAUGAAACAAUUGCUUCAGCUGCCCUUUCUUCCUUUGAAUCUCAUGUCUAGCUUCUAACUGUAUUUGGUUGUUCCUCCAGUCCUGCUAAUUCAUGUACAUAUACUCUUGGGACCAUCCUAACAUCCACCAUCUCCAUCUAUUUAUUCAUUUAAACAUUAACAUCAUCUGACUUGGGGCUUUAUGAUGCUGCUCACCCAGACAACCCAACACACCGCAGAACUAUGGUGUCUGUAGUCCAGGAUCCCCUGGAAAUGGUAUCUAUGUGAGAUUUUUACUGGAGAAUGAAGCAGCAUCCUGAAUGCAUCCGGGCCAACACACCAGCAGGCAUUGGUGAGCAUGACAAGCUGUUCCAGUUUCACCUUCUGCUCACUGAGCCUUCUCAGCCAUUGCAAAAGACUGCUAGAGAUUUUCUAGUGCAUCAUUUUACCAGCUGGAAGGGUCUACUGCAAAACCAGAACUCUCAACAAGUACCCCAUCCGACCAGCCCAACUAGUCCAUAACAGCUUACAGAAAGGUAUUUCACAAUCCUCUGAUGAAACGCACUUUAAUGAGAGCUUCACCUGAAUGUUAUCCUAGACAUUUUUGAGUAAACUCACCACUCUGCUAACCCAAGAGCAAAGAGUGGAGCCCUAUUCCUACAGCACCGCCCCCAAUACCUGCAUGCAAUGCAGCUCUCAGCUUUACUGAGUGCUGGUGCUUUUUAGGAUGAAAUUUUGCCUUCCAAAUCUCGGUCUCAAAGACAGCUUACCGUAAAUCCAGAGGAUAUCCCACAGACUAAAUCAGACUGACAAGAAAAGAACAAAUCCUGCUUGCAAUGACUCACGGCGGAGAUAUGUGCUGUGUCUAUAUGUGGUCAUCCCGCAUACAGCAGAAUAAGUAACAAUUAUAAAUAAUUAAACGCAGUAAAUUGCUGCGGGAGGAGCACAGUUUGUGUUGCUGAAGUGUAGAAGAGCCUUGCGUGGCAGAGGCAGAAGCCCAAGAAAACUCUCAGAGGCACCGGUCUUACACAGGGGAUUACUGUGCUCUCCUUUCUUGCCAUCCAGGCUAUGAGACACCUUUUAAACGUGUUUAUUCUGGGAGCAUUUGCCUUGUUUUUUUUUUUAUUUUUCCUAAGCAACAGCUUCAUUCCCAUGAGAGAAACGUGUUCUUUACUCUGAAUGAGACCCUUUCAUAUUAAGUAAGUCACAGGAGCGCAGGGCUUCCCUUUCCCAUCAGAGAUCUGGUUUCGGGUCUAUUGUAUCCCAGACAAAGACCUGGGCAGGCAGGCUCCAGCUGUAAGAACACAGCCACCUUCAAAGGACGCCUCCACCACACAAGGAACCCAUCAAAACCGAGCACUGUGUUCUGCACAGACAACUGUGCAAAACAUAAGCAACCAAUGCUACCUACUGUUCACAGUACACACACUCCAAAUUGCUAUGGCCAAAAUGAGACCGUGCUCCAGAAACACCAAGCAUGACCAUCGUGUACAAUCUCAUUAAGAAGUAAUGCUCUUCUCCUGGGUGAACGCUGAGGUGACUGAAUUACAGUGCACUGGGACAGGCCUAGAUGAGAGGAGGAACCCUAACCCUAACCCAAAGGAUUACCAGGUGGAAACUGUGCUGAGAUGGAAGCAACCAAAGGAGAAUGGAAUUUUUUUGUAUCACUCCAUGGAGAACACAUAACAUAUAGAGGCAAACUAAUUCAACAGCAGCAUAUAAAUAUGUAUUAGAUGUGUACGUACAUGCACGGAGAUCAUUAUCCACUAGCAAUCACAUCCAAGCCAUUUUCUUCUAUGCCUUAAUAAAUGUCUUUGAUCACAUUAUGCCCUCUGUCGACACGAUGAGAGCAGCACAGCGCUGAUUUUAGCUGCAGUGGAACCGGUGAUUGCAUGACCCAGGCUGUGGACUUGGGUGUAGCUUAUCUGUUCAACAUGACUUCUCCAUUUGUUGCAUCCAUUUGCACCACGAUGGCUCGGGCCUCAAAACAGCCUUAGUUCAGGACAAUAGAUUAUUUUUAUCUGUAAUUAAGCCACAAAUAAGUUCCCUUGCUACAGGAAACAGGCAGGUUCCAAACAGAAAAGAGGAAGCCUUCCAGCAGGUGUGUGCCAGCUGCUGUGUGAUUUCAGGCUUCAGACACUUGUGUGACCCCCUCACACAGCCUUCGUUCUACACAGAGGCCCAGGAACUGUCCUGCUAGUUAUGGACUACCACCCUGCAGUGUCAAGCUUCAUUGCACCUCCUUCCCCAUUUCCCACAGCAGAGCACUUAACCCCAUCUUUUCUACAGUGCACUUUGGCACACUCCUGUCUCAAGCCUCCUCUUUUCCUUCUGUCUCUGCACCUUUGCCCUCCCUUCCUUUGUAACCUUUAACAUCUAACUUCCCCCUCCUCAACAGGGAGACCUGCCAGCUGUGAGCAGGGACACCAAACAGGCACUGAGACCGCUGGGGACACAAUAAGGACCUAAAAUCAUCAAGUAGUGGCCUUACACUGAGCACAACGCCCAGUACAAAACUGAUGUAUUUUGUAUGCCUUACUUACCUGAAAGUUGAAUGUUCCAGGGGCAGAAUAUUACAGGUUGUCUCCAAAGGGGAAAAAAAAAAACACAAAAGAAAGGUGCAUUUUUUAAUCACAGACGUUUGUUAGGCUCUGCAUGUGUGUGUAUGCAUGUAUCUACCUGCUAUCUAACAAAUGAAGAGCACCGCUGUUGAAAACAGUUGGUGUAGGACUGCAGUUGGAGAAGCACAGCUGUGUCCUUUCCCUCCCAAGAAGGACGACUCCCACACAUGUAUGCAAUAAAACUGUAUUUUUGCGUGG